UUUGACUGCACACGGAAACAGAUGUAUUAGUUGUACCAGUAGUCCUGGUGGUCGUUGUAUUCGUCCCCUAUUUUUAUCCGCAGACGCGCUUCCCCGUCACGUGAUUCGUCACGCGCCAAUGGCUACAUGCCGUUUAUAUACCUUGAGGAGUUCGCCAUACAAGUCGUACUAUGCUUCAUAUCAUUGGUUGGGUUUUAUGAAGUCAAGGAGGUGAUGUUUCUUGUGACAACGAAACUAAAGACGUACAUGUUUCCAGAUGAUAAUUAGUUAAUUACUACUUAGAUUAAUUAAUCUUUUGGUAGAACAAAUAUUAAUUAUUAAUACUGUUUUAGACCACAAACUACUAAUUUUGAUAAGUUUCAUUAUUUGCAUAAUACUGUUGAUUACUAAUUGUGGUGAAGUAUAUUUCAAAAGUUAACUAAGCACCCAUUGUGAUAAAUCAUUACAUUUACAAGGCUAUUAUUGGGUUUAUGAGGAAAUCAAUCGGAUUAUUAUUCAAUGAAAAUGGAUAUUUUUCUCUUAAUAUAGAUUGUGUCAGAGUAAUGGAUUAGUAACGAUAACCAGUGAUUGAUUCUUGGAAAGACUAAAAACGACUGAGAAGAAGAGUGAACAAAAAGAAAUCACAUUAAAAAUGGAAAGGCGGCCAGGUUUGCUACGGUUUCUCCUGCUAGCAAUUUCCAUUUGUGCCUUGUCUCUCGCCCAACAGAUGCAAGUAACAUUUCGCUUAACUGAAUCUAAACCCUCGGGCACCUUAGUCGGAAAUAUAGCAACUGACACCAGCAUUGCAAGAGGCCUUACACGAGACGAAUUUCAAAGCCUUCGCUAUAGUUUUUUGAAUCCCAAUGACAUCCACAUUGUCUCUCUUUUUAACGUCAAUUCUGAGACUGGAGACGUAUUCACCACGGCCAUGAUUGACCGGGAAAAAGUCUGCGAGUUUACUUCCGAUUGCAUCCUUAGUUUUGACGUUACAAUCAGAUCGGAAAUGACGUCAUUCUUUGAAAUCGUGACAGUAAAGGUUGUGAUAAUUGACAUCAAUGACAAUGCUCCCAAAUUCCCCGAAGGAGAAAUAACUGUGUUUAUUCAAGAAAAUGUCAACCCAGGUUCUCUUUAUCGUAUAGAGGGCGCUACCGAUCGAGAUCGCGGGGCAAAUAAUUCCGUCCAGUCUUACGAAAUGAUUUCAAGUGCAAAUUUAUUCGAUAUUAAAGUAGAUAAGAAAUUAGAUGGCACGUCAGAUGUUCGUAUCGUUGUGAAAAGCGUCAUUGAUCGCGAGAAAAAGGAUUAUUAUCGAUUUUUCAUCAUUGCCAAAGAUGGCGGAACACCGCCUUUAUCAGGAAACGUCACGGUCAACAUCAAUGUUACGGAUGAAAACGACAACGCCCCGGUAUUCAGUGAGAACAUUUAUGACGUAUCUGUAACUGAAAAUACUCCUGUUUAUUCCGUAAUUGGCAAAAUUCAUGCCAUGGAUAGGGAUGGUGGGGCGAAUGGGAAAGUCACCUACCGGUUUAGCCCACAUAAAAGUCCGGAGGUAGAGGAACUCUUUGCCUUAAAUCCAGAAAACGGUGACAUUAGUGUUCGCAAUGAGUUACAAUAUCAAUCUGGAAAUAAAUUUGAGACAAUCAUAGAAGCUUCAGAUCAAGGCAACCCUCCACAAGUCUCUCAGGCCAUAUUGUCCCUUAGAAUAUUAGAUGUUGGAAAUAACCCACCGCUUAUUACAAUCAACCCGGUCUCAUCUGGUGUCGGAGAUAUGAUUCUAUUGUCGGAAGGUGCUAGAAUUGGAACUGUAAUCGCCCACGUCAAUAUAGUGGAUAAAGACCAAGGACCCAAUGGUAUAGUUAGUUGUCGAUGUUCUCAUGACUAUUUCUCGGUACACAGACUGGAAGGCCGGGGUUACAUCGUACAAGUAAAAAGGUCUUUAAAUCGAGAGAGAAUCGAUGAACAUAAUAUCACCGUUGUCUGUCAGGAUACGGGAAUUCCCAGGAUGUCAGCGCGAGCCAAGUUUCAAGUUAAACUUACAGACGAGAAUGACAACCCACCAGUGUUUACUAAGCGAGUGUUUGAGACAAUCGUUGAAGAAAAUAAUGUAAUUGGUCAACCUAUUAUUCGUGUGGCAGCCACAGAUGACGACCUGGGAAAAAACGCUAUGGUUCUUUACUAUUUAAAUCUAGACGAUGAUUCUAUGUUCGAUAUCAACCAAAACACCGGAGAGAUCAUUGCUAAUGCUCGUUUUGAUCGUGAAACCAUGUCAGAGAUGAAAUUUACGGUUAGAGCUGUUGACGAAGGCAAAGAACCCAUGACAGGAACAGCCGAAGUGGUUGUGAGAAUACGAGAUCAAAAUGAUAACAGUCCCAAAUUUGAUCCCUCCUUUUUAGUUUUUUCUAUCAACGAAGACGAAAAGCCCGGGAGUGUCGUAGGGCUACUUGCAGCAACAGAUGAUGAUUUUGGUAAAAAUGCUGAUGUAGAGUACAUGAUUAUAGUUGACAAUAAUAAAGUCCCUUUUGCUGUGUUUUCGAAUGGUGUAAUACGAACUGAAAAAACUUUAGACUAUGAAAAGGAAAAACGGUACUCCUUUAAUAUCAUUGCCAAAGAUAAGGGAAAUCCCCCACGAAACACUACAGCGAAAGUCACUGUAUACGUCAUGGAUGCGAAUGAUCAUAGUCCGAUCAUAGUAUUCCCUAACGACAAUAAUAAUACAAUCACUAUCACAUCUGAUACGGAACCGGGAAUUCCGAUAACAAGAGUCGUUGCGUCCGACAACGACGAGGGUGACAACGCCAAACUUUCAUUUUACAUUAACGGGGGUAAUGAGGACAACAUCUUCCAUAUCGGUUCCAAAACCGGAAAUCUCGUACUCGCUAGACGAAUCAUGCCAGACGAGAAACGCGAGGAUUAUUAUUUAAGAAUAUCGGUACAAGAUCAGGGUCAGAGGCAACAAGCAUCACAAACGCAUCUUACCGUCCACAUUGUUUACGUAAACUCUACUUUGGCUGGUGUCCAUGGGAAAGAAGACUUUCGAUUCAUAAUCAUCGCCGGUGUCGUAGCCGGAAUAACAGUUAUUCUCUCUAUUAUAAUAGUUGCUGUGAUACUAUAUAUCCGACGCGCAGACAAUCAGCGUCGAAACGGACAAACUGUGUGCGUACAAGAACAGGGCGAGGUGCGCAACACCGAAAAACAGUUGUGGCAUAGCGUUCCAGAGGACGAAGUCACGGUACCUACUGAGGAGAAGACAAACAUGAACCAUAUAUUAAAAGACAAUCAUUUUGAUAAAAAAGGAAGUUUAUCGUUUGAUAGCGGUACCGAACACGAUGAUUCCUAUUAUAAAACUAAACCUGUAGAUCAUUACUCCGGCCAACAAUUCUUCACCUUCAAAAAGGCGGCAUUACAGUCACUCAAUGAGGAUUUACAAAGUGAUACUUCCGGGGAGACAACUACCAGUGAUAGUGGAAGGGGCGGAAGUGAGGAGGACAUACAGUUGCCCCCUCUACCAGAAAUGUCAGAUGGAAGUGGAAUAACAUCGUUCACCACCACCACCAGAUCACGUGAAGGGCCACGAAAGUUGAAAAUCAUAAAUUCGCACUUGAUGGAAAAGGAUCCUCUUCGUAACCGAUCGUUUGAAACCUUUUCACCACGGAUUUUACCAUCAUACGCAUCGCAAAUGACCAACUUUUCAAAUCCAGCACACGGCGACAACUAUCAUGAUAUUCACCCCAAAGAGAAGCGACGAUCUUUUCAUGAAAAUCAAGAACUUACAUCUCCAAGAGACAAAAGUGGCAAGAAAGUGACUUUUCAGAAUGACAUUCAUGCCAAACAAAAAGUUCGCGAUUGGCAAAAAUAUAACACCGGUGGGGUACAAAAUGUGAUUCCCUUCCGGUAUGGUAAUGAUAUGAAUAUGACUAAAUUAGGAAGUGACUUAAGUAGUAGAAGUUUUUACCAACAUCGUUACCAUGACGAUGAUGACAACACGACCACGUCCGGAAGUUAUACCCUGGAUAGAGUAGAUUUGGAUGACAUGCUCGGAGAGCAGUACUCUCUGACAUAAACAUUGAAUAUGUGUUCAAGUUUAACUUUGGAACAUUAUAUGUGUAUAUAUCAAAUGACCAUAUAUAAUUAUUUUUAUUUAUGUCCUAAAUGGAACAUUAAUUAUGAAGGCUUACCAUAUCAUUAUAUCAAAUUCGUAUCAUAUCAGCGUGAAGCUAUAUUGUUCUGAACACCCAUUACAGCAUAAUUGAACACUGUAUGUGUGUCCUGUAUACAAUGUCAUGUAAAUAGUCAAUAUAUAUAUAUAUAACAUAUAACAGAACGUAUUGCUAUAUGUUGCACCGAAUGCUUUCAGUGAGAUUUUGCGGCUAUAUGAAGUUUUAAAACUUUACGUGACACACUGUGGUGCUAAGUGGUGUACUGGUAUAAUUUACAAUUAGAAUGUCUUAUCUAGGCCCUGAUCACCUCAACUAUCUGCACACGGUUUCAUCGGAACUUAAUUAAAUACUACAAUCAUAGGGAUCCCAGAUAUUCUGAAUCCCACCCAGUUUAGAUUAUAAGAAAUCGCAAAACCAUUAUUUGAUUUGUUACUGGAUCUGGUAUAACCAAUUUUUAUUUAUUUAUUUCAUGAAUUGAUUACGUCCGUGUACAUAGUUUAUUUAAUUUAUUCAUCUAGUAUUGAGACAACGCAUUUAUACACUGCAUUCAGAGUAAGAUAUGAACGUCAUCUGAAGGCAUGGCGUUGAAAUUCUAAUUCCAAAAGCAUUUCUUUUUUAAAAAAUGAUGUUAUAAUUAGCGAUUCGAUUAUGCUCAACUGGCCUUUUGUAGUAAAUUAAUUCAUUCCUGAUUUUUCUCUUUGAAUUGUAAUGUAAUUUAUUCACGAUCGGAUUAUAUUUUGACUGAUUUUACAAACUACUUAGACGAUUUUGUGCAUUGAUCCGAUUGUGUUAUAAUUAUUCAGAAGAAAUUUUCAAGAACAAGACAGACAGCCCUUUGUCUUUGUUGGCAAGACCCACAUCUCGAUGUUCUUAAUAAUCACAUGAUUUUAUCUGCUUUGAAUUAAGAUAUCGUCAUUAAACAUUUCUGUGAAAUUCAGAAGAACAUCUUUUGCAACCAUCAUUGGCAUCGUUUUAUGUAAUCCAAUAGUAAUACACGAUUGUGUCUGUCUUGUAAUUUUGAAUUUUCAUAUUUCGCUAAUUGCAUAAAUGACAUCACUAAAAUAUCAAAUUCCCUAUGAAAUUUCAUAAGCGCUUAUUUUUUAUUUAAAAUUUAAUAUUAAUAAAUAUAUAUUUCAAUUAAAUAUCAAAUCAACGCAACUGUAAAAUGUUUUCAGUGAUUUAUUAGUACCGAGAUUCUAAUUACUUGCACUAAACGAUCCAAAUAUCAUAAAACAAAUAUAUGAAUAGAGAGAAGGGAUUACAUAAAUCAAUGUAAAAUGGCACAUAUAACACUAAGUAGAACUAUAAUAGAAUGAAUUAUAUCUUGUGAUUUAUGGCGAAUUCUAACAAUCGUCUUAUAGGAUAUAUUUACCUUCAGCUACCUAUGUGGUUAUUACUGUAUAAAACGCAAUAUCUCUUGUACAGUGAUUGCAGGAUCAAGGUGCGGUGUUAUAACGGUUAAAAUAAAAAUAUAUCAACAGCUUAAUAUUCUUAAUGAUUCUUACUUUAUAUGUUGACAACCUUUAAGUAUACAUUUUAUUACUAUUAAAAACGCCAUGUCACAAUAUCCACAGAGACCUUGUCAAAGGUGAUCCAAUGUAAGGUUUAAAUAUACGCUGGCUUAAUUCCAUAAAGUCAUUUAACAACAUAAAUAAUUAUUCUAAGUGUCAUCUCAGGAGAUCAGAAUGGCGCUAAAGGUCUUGGAUAUCAUUUUUAUACCGGCUCUCUGCUAUACAUUUUACAGUACUCAUUAAUAGUAACGCAACCAGAAACAUGUGUUAGAGGAAUGUAGGUUAGCUAUAUAAAAGAAUAAUUAGCUAAAAUAUUAGUAACUUAAUUUAGAUAAUAUUUAGUAUCUUACAUAACUACAAUUACAAAACCAAAAUAUUACAAAAUGUGUUAACCGGGAAAGUCACGGUUUAGAAGAAACCGUUUUUUUAAUCAUGGGUAAUUAGUAGAUAAGAAAUAUUUUAGUAGAAAAAGACAACGGUAGUUUAUUUAUAUAAUGGAAUAAUUAUCCAAUAAUUUAGAUAAAAUUUCGUAUUUUAGAUUACUACAAAACUAAAUUGUUAGCUGUGUGGAUUUUCCAGGUAAACCAACUAUUAUUUUCUGACUGGAAGUUUUGGCUUGAUAGAAACCUUUACUUUAUUUUACGAGGGGCGAUGUAAGUGCAUGGUUUCGUAGAAAGCGUUUUUAAAUCAUAAAUAACAUACAGUUUCUUAAACAAUGACACGUGUUAAUAAUUGAAGAUCCUACAUUAUCUCCGAACAACCCAUGCAUACAUGUACUUUGUUUAUAAUAGCAUACAUGCCUGCUGUCAUUAUGCAAAUUCACUUUGCUGAUUUUGCCACCAAACAUUCCUUUAUCACUUAAGGGAUUCGUAUACAGUAAACCUUUCUUCAACCGAUAUUUUGGAAUAUAUUAUAUAAAGCAGAUCAAGAGUACAAACUAAAAAAUAUUGUGUUUGCUAUAUGAAUUCCGUGACUUGUUCCUGAAAGAUUAAGCAUACCCCGCCAAGUGCAUGAUAUCGACCACCGUUCAUAGUAUACAUCCGUAAGACGGAAACCAUAGCCACCGCACCAAGUAGAUGACAAUCUAACUUAUGUCAUAAAUAGUCAUGCUGUUGGCCAAUUCCUGCAAAUGAUAAUAACGUGUUCUUGGAAUUCAUUUUUUAAAGAAACAAAAGAACAACCGAAUCAAUACAUUUAAGUCAAUGUCGGUUUAGUCCAAAAUUGCUGUAUACAAAUCUCAAUAGCAUCUUUGUGCCAGUUGGUGUCUUCUCGUGUUUAUAUGAUGUUGAUUGUGUAAUUUGUAUGAAAUACAAAUUGUAUAUUAUAAUCAUUGUACAUAAUCUCUUAAUGUCUAUGGAAUAAAAUGUGUUGAUAAAGAAA